AUGCCAAAGAACAGAGGACAAGGAGGAGUCUCAAGCGAUGUCAAGAAGGACGAAAGUUACACUGGACAGCUCAAGCAGUUCGCAGUUGAUUCUCAAAGGUUCAUGGAUAAGUGCGAGAAGCCAAAUAAAGAUGAAUACAUGAAAAUUUUGACUGCAUGCUCAAUUGGAUUUGUAGUGAUGGGAUUGAUUGGAUACUUCAUCAAAUUGAUCUUCAUCCCAAUCAACAACAUCAUCUUGGGAACAAAUGGAGCAACCACAUAAUUCUUGAAUAUUCUAAGUUAAUUAUUCGUAAUACCAAGA